UAAUGCAUUCGUGCUUUUCGGCGGUUUUUAGGCUUGAGGAAGGACGGAGAUGGUCCGAAACGUUCGCAAAAGCCACUUGAGUACAGCUCCUGUUGUUUGCAGCUGUGGGUUUCAUCAGAUAAAUAUGUAUCGAUAACGACAACUUAAAAAUAAAUUAAUUAUAUUAAGCAUUGUUUGUUACAGUUUGAGGCACUAUCUCUAUUUUCCAUUUUGCGCCACAAACAUGAAUAUUAAUCAUCGCUAACGGAUAUUAGUGUGCAUGCAGGCAUUUAAUUAAACACUGCGAACAAUUUGAAAGCAUUGCGCGCAAUUAUCAUUGACUCUCUGAAUAAUUGGGUCGUAAAGUUGUAAAUUUGCCAACGCAUUUAUGGUACUGGUCACCGGGAGUCCAGUUCAAUUAAAUAUUGUCACGACGGUAUUAUUUUUUAAAUAAUUUUAAUAAACCCAAACCGUAACAAUAGUAAAGUUGUCGUAAUGCAAAACUGUGUGUCAGCUCGGUUGUCUGUACUUUCACUGGUGGGAUUGACUCGAUUAUUUUUCUACCACCACUACAGAAGCGGCAGCUUCCAUCAAGACUUGUCUCCCGUUUCAGUAUUAUUUUUCAGUCGGUCGUGGUCGGUUGUUGUGUGCUUGUAUUUAUUCAUAUGUGUGUGUGGUAGACGUGAUGAGGCAAAGUGUGUGCUUAAUAUAAUUAUUUUAAUAACGGUGCACUUUAACUCACUAAUGCCAUUUACUUUACCGAUUUAGAAUUAUUUUUCUAUGUUAUUCAAAGCGCAGUGAUUUGUAACGAUGCAGGAGCCAAACUUAAACCAAAGAAGAUCGUGAUGUUAGUGCUGUACUAGUGACUGACUGUGAUGUAGUGUAGUCAAUUUUUUUUUUUAUUAAUUUUGUGAUUAUGGCAACAUCUGGGAUGUCGUACGCCGUUCAUUACGAUCUGAGCGACGCCAUCCUUCAGGAUUUUUCCAGGAUGCGAAUCGAAACGGUUCCAGAACCACCUGUGCUGUAUGUUGCAAUGGCAACUUGGAUACCGAAAUGCAACAUGUACCAUCACAAUUCUGAGCCGGAUACACCCGAAGAACUCUCACUCUCUCAAGAAGAACAAGAUCUGAACGAGAGCGAGAAAUCAGCGCCCGAAGGCGAAAACCCAAUCAAACACAUCGAAGAAAAAUUAACCAUCACUCCGAAAAAAACCCUCAGUCCUAAACAGCUCCAAAAGAAGGUCGAGUCGGAGAAGAAGCGCCAGCAGAAGCAGCUGGAGCGCGAAGAACGCGAACGAAAGAAGCAAGAGGAGAAGGAACGCUUACGUUUGGAGAAAGAACAAAUGAAGAAGGAGAAAGAAGAACUGAAAAAUAAAAAGAACGAGCAGAAGGCGAAAGAGCGCGAGAUGAAAGAAGAGCAAAAACGCAAAGAGAAAGAGGAGAAGGAGGCGAAGCGCAAAGAGAAAGAAGAACGAGAGGAGGCCAAGCGCAAAGAGCGCGAGCAAGAAAAGUUGCGCAAGCAGCAAGAGCUAGAAGAGAAGAAUCGCGAAAAGCAGAAGAUCGAAGAACAGAAGCAAAAGGCGGCGCAAGCUUUCGUUAACUUUUUCGUUCCAAAGAAGACUGAUGUGAAGAUGGAAGAGGGUAAAAGUGGCGUGGAAGAAGGCAAGACGAGUAUGUUCAUGCCUUUUGAAGUAAAGUCGGAUAUGAGGUUGGCGCCUGCGCGAAGAGCUUAUUUAAGCGAACAAGAAAAGGAAGCUUUAAUUGAAAAACUAGAUACAGGAGAAGGUUCAUACUUGAAGGAGUUGAAAGAGGGGAAAAGCACGGGCAAGUGGGCGAAAACGUGGCCGUACGAAGAAGACGUGAUUAUAGUGGAAGAGGACGUCGGAGAGAGUAUUUGUGAAGAUAAGCAAAAAUUGAAGAUAAUGAGGGUCAAGUUUUUGAAGUUCCACGAGAAUAAACGACCUCCGUAUUACGGUACAUGGCGGAAGAAGAGCGCCGUUGUUAAUCCAAGACGACCUUUUGGAGAAGAUAAGUGUUUCUUUGACUAUGAGGUUGAUUCAGACGACGAUUGGGAGGAGGAGGAGCAAGGAGAGUCUUUGAAUGGUUCGGACGAUGAAGAAAAAGAGAACGAAGCAGAGAAUGAUGAUUACGAGGUUGAUAAUGACUUUUUCGUGCCACAUGGUCAUCUUAGCGACGACGAAGUGGAUGACGAAGAGUCGGCGAAAUUGUCCCCAGAGUCUCACAAGCAGAAAUUGAAGUUGUUGAAGGACGAGUUUGAUCAAGAUAUGCAAACUAAGACUAAUAGAAUGAAACCGAGGUCUAUUGGGUGUAUUUGGUACAAUAAAGAUCGCUCGAAUGUUGAUGAUGCUAUAGACAGACACCUUCGACCUCUAGCGAUGAUUACUAAUGGACAUAUUAUUAUUAAUAAACGGAAGGAGUUCAUAGCGAUUACUCCAAAUAGGAAAUAUAACACUAAGGAAUUGCGACAGGAACUUCUACCGGCAUUUUUGAAGUUGAUCCACGGGAACGUGAACAAAAGGACGACCGUGGUCGAGGAGUUCAUGAACUAUAUGAGGAAUAAUGGUCACGUGGUGGAAGUCUCGAAGGCAUAUCUUGGUAAAUGUUUGAAACAAUACGCCCAGUGGAAGAAGUGUGCUGAUGAAGGUCCUUUGUUAAAUAAAUACUGCUGGUGUCUGGAGGAUGACGUUAAAAAGAAAUACAACUUAGAGUAGGGAUUGAAAUUUUGUAAUGUAGUGUGUUUAUCAAAUAAACGAUUGAUGAAUUUG